UACUGUAAGAUGACGAGUCUCCUCCACAUCUUUAUCGUUUCAUUAGUUUGUACUUUUGUCCAUGGAUGUGAAACGAUAGGGAAAUAUGGAUCAACAUGCAGCAAGGAAUGCCAUUGUGCAGAUGGUGUAGUAUGCGAUCCAAGUAUUGGAUGUCCAUUCGGACCAUGUGAAGAUGGAUAUUCCGGGGAAAACUGUCAAGUUCAUGACACAUGCUCUAGAAGUUAUAGGGAACUGUGUGUGUACGGCUGUCUUUGUGAGGAUUAUGGGCCAUGUGAUAGAACCACUGGAAGUUGUGGAAAAAGGGAAUGCAGACAUUGGUUGACAGGGAAUGAUUGUCAACUUGAUGCAGCUAUUUCUUCGACUAACUGGUGGCAAACAACAGUUGGUAUGAAGCAGACAUCAAUUGAAAAGAAAACAAAAUAA